CUAACUUUCGUUUUCUUUCUUUAUAAUACCACCCUUUCCGUUCCUUUUUUUUUUUAUUAUUUAUUUAUUUAUUUCUCUCUAAUCAUGGGCGCAAAUUUAUCAAAAGCUUUAUCAAAAAUGUUUGGAAGUAAAGAAAUGCGUAUCUUAAUGUUAGGUUUAGAUGCAGCAGGAAAAACAACCAUUCUUUACAAAUUAAAAUUAAAUCAAAACGUAACUACUAUUCCAACAGUUGGCUUCAAUGUUGAAUCUGUUACUUAUAAGAAUGUUAAAUUUAAUGUUUGGGAUGUGGGAGGUCAGGACAAGAUUCGUAAUUUAUGGAGACAUUACUACACAGGCACACAAGGCCUUAUAUUUGUUAUUGAUUCACAAGACCGUGAUCGUAUUGAUGAAGCACGACAAGAAUUGCAUCGUAUCCUAAGUGAUCGAGAAAUGAAAGAUUGUCUUUUAUUGGUCUUUGCCAAUAAACAAGAUUUACCAGGUGUCAUGACUCCACAAGAAGUCACUGAAAAAUUAGGACUUGACAAAAUGAAGGAACGUCCAUGGUAUGUUUAUCCUUCUUGUGCUACGACCGGUGAUGGUCUCUUUCAAGGUCUAAAUUGGUUAAGUCAAAAUGUAAAAUCAAAAUAAGCUUAUUAUCCCUUCCUUUCUUUGUGAUCUAAUAUUAUUAUUCCCAAUUAAUUAAUUACUAUUAUUAUUACUAUUAUUAUUAUUAUUAUUAUUUUCUUU